AUGAAAGAGGGUGAGUUCCUUAAGCUGAAAUUUUUGAAGCUCAACAGUCUGAACAUUGCAGAAUGGAAUGCCUCUAGUGAUCACUUGCCACAGCUUCAACACCUAAUUUUGCAAAGUUGCAGGCAGCUCAAGGAGGUCCCCUCUGGUUUUGGUGAUAGCUCUGCUUUGGAGAUGAUUGAGGUGCAACUCUGCACAUGCUCUGUUGAAGAGUCUGUGAGAUGGCUUCAGGAGGAACAACUUGAAAUGGGGAAUGAGCUGAAGGCCCUUAUUGAUCGUUCAGACAUGGAUUUCGAUCAACUCCAUAAUUUCUGGCACAUUGCGGUCGCACUACCUUUGGCUCAACCUUUGCCAGACAUCUCCAAAAUUGAAAAUUUUGCCAAUGAAAACUUCAGAAGGUGGCAAGAACGUGUGCACUCUCUACUCGACAUUCAUGGAGUGGCCUAUGCACUAGCAGAAGCACAACCAACUGCAACUAUGGAUGUCAAGACACAAGAAUCCUGGCAAUAUACCAAUAAGGUAUGUCGACAUACUGUUUUACAAACACUUUCAAAUGAACUGUUUGCCGUGUACUAUAGUUGCAAGGAAGUUAAGACAAUUUGGGAAGCUUUGAUAACAAAAUUCAUCACCGAAGACGCCACCAAACAAAAAUUGGUCAUGGAAAAGUACAACCAAUGGCAGAUGACAAAAAACAAAGAUAUGAAAGUACAAAUCAUAGAGUACCAAAUGCUACUCGAGGAUCUGAAAAAUGAAGAUAUAAAUUUGCUCGAAAAAUUUGCUGCUGGCAUACUAAUUGAAAAGCAGCCUGAAUCAUGGACUGACUACAAAAAUAAUCUGAAGCACAAGCAAAAAAAUCACACAAUUGAUCAACUCGUGAAAUAUAGCCUGAUUGAAUAUUCCAACAGGAAGGAGUUAAGGACUGUCAAAACUAAGAAGAUAGCUCUCAAAACUAAUCUAGUACAAACCAACAAUAAAAGGUACGCCAAUAGAUCCCAACAUUACAUAUUCAAUAAUCCCAACUUUAAGAAAAAGAAAGGCAAUUGCUAUGUUUGUGGAAAACUAGAACACCAUGCGGCUCAAUGCAGAUACCAAAAGAAAGGUGACAAAGCAAAUGCCAAUCCUCCUAAGGUUAAUUUAGCCGAAGGGGAUGAUAAUAUAACUGCAGUCAUCUCUCAAGUCAACAUUGCAACCAAUGUGAAAGAGUGGGUAGUAGACUCUGGGGUUACUCGUCACAUAUGUGCAAAUCGAGAAGCAUUUUUCUCCUAA